GUUUCAGGUGAAAAAGAAGCAAUUUUUCCGUAACUUCAUUACCAUCAUGCUUUUUGGUGCCAUUGGUACACUAAUUUCAUGCGCUGUUAUAUCAUUCGGUGCCAUACAGUUCUUUAGGAAAAUGGAUAUUGGCUCCCUGGAUAUAGGGGAUUUUCUAGCAAUCGGUGCAAUAUUUGCUGCAACAGAUUCUGUUUGCACAUUGCAGGUGCUUAAUCAAGAUGAGACGCCCUUGCUUUACAGUCUGGUAUUUGGGGAAGGUGUUGUGAAUGAUGCUACAUCAGUGGUACUUUUCAAUGCAAUCCAGAGCUUUGACCUCACAAGUGUGGAUCCCAGUAUUGCCCUGCAUUUUAUAGGCAAUUUUCUGUAUUUAUUCCUUACAAGCACUAUGCUAGGAGUGUUAGCUGGAUUGGUUAGUGCUUACAUUAUCAAAACACUGUACUUCGGCAGGCACUCUACAGAUCGUGAGGUAGCUAUAAUGAUACUCAUGGCAUACCUUUCAUACAUGCUGGCCGAACUGUUCUAUUUGAGUGGCAUUCUCACCGUGUUUUUCUGUGGGAUUGUUAUGUCACAUUACACCUGGCACAAUGUGACCGAAAGUUCAAGAAUUACUACCAAGCAUACUUUUGCAACUUUGUCAUUUGUUGCAGAGAUUUUUAUCUUCCUUUAUGUUGGUAUGGAUGCCUUGGAUAUUGAGAAAUGGCGAUUUGUAAGUGAUAGUCCUGGAACAUCAAUUGCAGUUAGUUCAAUACUACUGGGCCUAAUUUUGAUUGGGAGGGCAGCUUUUGUGUUUCCCCUCUCUUUCUUAUCAAACUUAGCCAAAAAAUCUCCCAAUGAGAAAAUAGACUUGAGACAGCAGGUGAUAAUAUGGUGGGCUGGUCUAAUGAGAGGUGCUGUGUCUAUUGCCCUUGCUUAUAACAAGUUCACUAGUUCUGGACAUACUCAUUUGCGGGGUAAUGCAAUAAUGAUCACCAGCACCAUUACUGUUGUUCUUUUCAGCACAAUGGUUUUUGGUUUAAUGACACAACCGCUUAUAAGGUUUUUGCUGCCACCAACAAACCAGUCCACGAGUGCUGUGUCAUCUGAUCCGAAUACACCCAAGUCGGUUACUGUACCACUUCUUGGGCAUCAACAGGAUUCUGAAGUCGAUGAUAUAACUGGACAUGAUGUCCCUCGCCCAAGCAGCCUGCGCAUGCUUUUGACUACCCCGACUCACACUGUCCACCGCUACUGGCGUAAAUUUGACGACACCUUCAUGCGCCCAGUGUUUGGUGGACGGGGUUUCGUACCCUUUGUUCCUGGUUCACCAACUGAACGUAGUCCCCAUUGAUGGAAUGGGAAGAGAAGUGAAGGCAAGCUGUGCUGGAGUACUUACAUAUGAAAUCGAGUUUAUUUCAUUGAACCUGUUAGUACAGAAGGUAUGGCUGAUGAGCGCUGUAUCAGUUGUGUAUAUCAUACUAGUCGAUUACACCGACGUCAUACGUUUCAAACGCUAGACUAACUGGUGGUAGUUUCACCAAAGUUUUCCCGUCCUCGUAAGAUUAAACUGGAAAAAUCUUUCUUUGUAUUUGCUUGCCGUUGUGUUGGUGAGAGAUGCCAUCUUUGGGCCUGUGGACCAAAGUUUGUUUUCUUGCAAUGAAAAAUGGAUAUUGUGACAGGCAUAUUGAUUCAGUCAUGUUCAAAUGUAUCACGUGUUCUAAAACUGGAG